ACCUGUAUAUAAAGCCCCGUAAUAUCUUUCUCAGCUUAGCAACAUCUGAAAGUUGCAAUUAAUCAGUGGUGUGUACUGUGAUGCACACAAUACAUACCAUAGACACAAACACAAAAACCUGCAUCCAUGGAUUCUCUUCUCCAAUCUUUGCAAACUUUACCCAUGUCUUUCUUCUUGAUCAUUAUCUCUUCACUUUUCUUCUUAGGUCUAAUCUCUCGCCUUCGCCGGACAUCACCAUAUCCACCAGGGCCUAAAGGGUUUCCACUUAUUGGUAGCAUGCAUCUGAUGGACCAAUUAACUCACCGUGGCUUAGCUAAACUAGCUAAACAGUAUGGUGGGCUAUUUCAUAUGCGUAUGGGGUACUUGCAUAUGGUAGCUGUUUCAUCUCCUGAAGUAGCUCGCCAAGUUUUGCAAGUCCAGGAUAACAUUUUCUCCAAUAGACCAGCCAACAUAGCCAUAAGCUACUUAACCUAUGAUCGUGCCGAUAUGGCCUUUGCCCACUAUGGUCCGUUCUGGCGCCAGAUGCGUAAGCUCUGCGUCAUGAAGCUAUUUAGCCGGAAAAGGGCUGAAUCAUGGGAGUCUGUGAGAGACGAGGUGGACUCAAUGGUUAAGACAGUUGAAUCCAAUAUAGGCAAGCCCGUGAACGUUGGAGAAUUGAUUUUUACACUGACCAUGAAUAUCACUUAUAGAGCAGCUUUUGGGGCCAAAAAUGAAGGACAAGAUGAGUUCAUCAAGAUUUUGCAGGAGUUCUCCAAGCUUUUCGGAGCAUUCAACAUUUCGGAUUUCAUUCCUUGGCUCGGUUGGAUUGACCCCCAAGGGCUCACCGCUAGACUUGUCAAGGCUCGAAAAGCACUUGAUAAAUUCAUCGACCAUAUCAUCGAUGAUCAUAUCCAAAAAAGAAAACAGAAUAACUACUCUGAAGAGGCUGAAACCGAUAUGGUUGAUGACAUGCUAACCUUUUACAGUGAAGAGACAAAAGUAAACGAAUCAGAUGAUUUACAAAACGCCAUCAAACUUACUAGAGACAACAUCAAAGCCAUCAUCAUGGAUGUGAUGUUUGGUGGGACGGAGACAGUGGCGUCGGCUAUAGAGUGGGCCAUGGCAGAGCUAUUGAAGAGUCCAGAAGAUCUAAAAAGAGUCCAGCAAGAGCUCGCCGACGUGGUGGGUUUAGAGCGGCGCGUGGAGGAAAGUGAUUUUGAUAAACUAGCAUUCUUCAAAUGCACGCUUAAAGAAACCUUAAGACUUCACCCACCAAUCCCACUUCUCUUACACGAAACAUCUGAAGAUGCUGAGGUUGCUGGUUAUUACGUUCCAAAAAAGACAAGGGUCAUGAUCAAUGCUUAUGCUAUUGGCAGAGACAAGAAUUCAUGGGAAGAUCCUGAUUCUUUUAAGCCUUCGAGGUUUUUGGAACCAGGGGUGCCUGAUUUCAAAGGGAAUCACUUCGAAUUUAUUCCGUUUGGGUCAGGUCGGAGGUCUUGCCCUGGCAUGCAACUGGGGUUAUACGCCCUUGAUUUGGCUGUUGCUCAUUUGCUUCAUUGUUUUACUUGGGAGUUGCCUGAUGGCAUGAAACCAAGUGAACUCGACAUGACUGAUAUGUUUGGACUCACUGCGCCAAGAGCAACUCGACUCGUUGCCGUCCCGAGAAAGCGCGUUGUCUGUCCACUUUAAGGAAGGGGAAAGAAAAGGUAAUGAAUAUAAAUGGAGGGAGUUUCCUCAAUCUGUGUAUUCUAUAAAUAAUUAGGGCCAUGUUGGAGAAGGUGACAGCAGGUGGAUUUGCAUGUUUUUUUCUUAGUGUUUUUUUUUUUUUUUUACUUAUUAUAUAUACUUGAAAAAAAAAUUGAGAAUAAUGAAGAGACAAAUAUGGGAGAGAUUGGAUUUUUACUUGCUGAAUAUGUUUACAAAGACUCCAAUUUCAUUUGAUUUAUGUGGAGAUGUGUCUUUCUCAUUGUA